CGCGGUAUUCAAAAUUGCUUCCCGUUUCUUUCAGCUUCGGUCGGUCUGCUCGUCAUGGAGCGCCCUCAAAACAGUGUGGUGAGGACUCCCCCCAACAGCACAGCAGUUCAGAGGAGGAGCAAAAGUAAGAGCUACCGACAGUCAUACCGCAGCUGCUUAGGUGCUGCUUCAAGGCUCGGCCUGACUCCAGGGUUGACGGCACGGAGACUCAACAGCAGCAGAAGAGCUCUGAAAUCACAUAUUAUAACCGAAAAAGUGAAUCCGGAUCACCUGGCGUUAUUGGUGAAAAGAGAGUGGCGGCUGUCAUACAUCACUCCUCUCCACCAGUUCAGACACACGCAGCUCAAGAGAUAUUCAAGGCAGCUCUCUGCGUUCAUUGCUGCAGAAAAGCAGCAAGGUGUGGCGGUGGAGGUGGAGGGAUCACAGAGCGGCUUCAGAGUCUCCUUCUCUGUGGUGCAGGGGUUGGCAGCGACAGAUGAUGAUGCCGAGACUGUCCUUAUACAGAUCUUUUCAAGGCCAGUGUUUGCAAAGCAGGAUGAACCACAGAAGUCGGUGUGGAGCGGCUGGUUGACCUGCAUCAACGGCAACCCAGAAUACCUGCAAUCUCUUCCGAAAGGCUUCACCAGUCUGCCGCUCUUUGGCGGCAGCGGGGCAGAAGUUCUCACCUCUUUGGUCAAAUCCUGGUUCCAGCAGACUUUCGACUGCUGCUUUGGACCUCUGGAAAUCAACCACACCAGCCUGCAGUGGCUGGCGGCGUUGUGGACUAACUGCCACACAGAGUCCAACCUCCAGCACCUCAAAAUGAUCUGGACUCUUCCAGUUGUGCCACCGCUGCAGAUCACCUACACCAUUAACCCCCAGGACGCGUGGGAGCUGUGGAUGAGUGUGAGGAAGGACCGACUGGAGAAGACUGAGGAUGAGGAGGAGGCGGGUAGUAUUGACAUUGAGGAGGUGAUGAGGUUCGUGCAGGGGCUGAAGAGCCACUUUUACAGACACUUCAGGCUGGACUUGUCAGCAGGAAACCUAAACCAGGUCUCCACAGCACUGGGAUCUGCCAAGUUCAGCGGCAAGAUUAAGAUCUCCAACAGCAGAUAUAUGAUCACCACGCUGACACUACUGACAGAAUGUGCCCUCCUCAAAAUGCCCGUCUGAGAUUUUCCAGCAACAGGCAAUGAAAUAUUGUAAUCACAGCUUCAUUUUUUCAGAAAACACUUACCACCAGGAGGAACCAGAAUUGUGGACUUUUAUUACAGAUUCUCUUUUUUAAACCUGCUUUCAUAAAAACUCCACAGUUUUUUUCUGGUUAUUUGUCCAUUUCAUGUUCAGACCAAGGCCUUGAACAUGAAUUCAGCCUUGGAAGCCCAUAAUUAUGAGUAUAUGAGGAGAAAAUCUGUGCAUUCCAAGUUCACCAUGUUGUCCACUGCCUUUUGUAAAUAUGUUAUAUAUAAACUCAUGUCCACCUGCAUGUAUACUUUUGUCCUUUAAACUUGUAAAUAAAAGCAAAAAAAUAUGUA